GUGGAGGCAUGGUGAUGAUUGUGGUGUGGAAAGGGUAUCAAGGAGCAGCAGCAGCCGCAUCAGUCGCAGCAGCAACCGCAACAGCAGCAGCAGCAGCAACGGUAGUAGUAGCAGCAGCAGCCGUAGCAGCAGUUGCAGUAGCCGCAGCAGCAGGCGCAGCAGCAGCAGCAGCCUGUCGUACCCACCACUACAAUAGUUUACAAUACCAUGAAAACGCGAGUGAGUUUCAUAAGCGCGUCGAGCCCAAACCCAGAGAGAGAGAGAGAGAGAGAGAGAGAGAGAGAGAGAGAGAGAGAGAGAGAGAGAGAGAGAGAGAGAGAGAGAGAGAGAGAGAGAGAGAGAGAGAGAGAGAAAUACGAGAAAUAGGCGAAUCCCGGUAAAAUGAAUAGCGCGCGGAGUG